UCUCUCUCCCCCCGACCUCUUCACCAGAGCGGCGGCGGUCGGGAGCGGCGGCAGUGGCGAUGGGGAGGUUGGGUUCUUGAUUGGUGUCGGAUUCUUGGUUGGUUGAUGGGGUUUGUGAGGUGUGGCGCUGAGUUGGAAAGAUCCGAUAUAUACUCCGGCGCGGAUGGGUCGGGUCUCGCCGCUGCCGCCGCGAGGGGGGAGAUGGAUCGGGACGACGAGUGGCUGCCCCGCGCGCUGGCGGCAUUUGGAGGAGGAGGCAGCGGCGUGUGGGAGCUCGUGGAUGCCGCGCUGGCCUGUGCCGCGCACGACCGCCCCGACGAGCUGCGCGCGCGGCGCGACGGUUUCGUGGAGCGGCUCUACGCCGCCGCCGCCGGCGGCUGCAGCAACUGAGCCGGAGGACGAGCUGCUGAGCUUGCUGCAGAGCCUGGCAGACAUGGACAUCACGUACAAGGCGCUCCAGGAGACAGACAUCGGACGGCAUGUGAACGGUCUGCGCAAACAUCCCUCCGGUGAAGUCCGGCUACUCGCCAUCUCAUCCUCGUCUUCCUCAUCGGCCUCGCCAUGGACCGGCUCCUCAGCGGCCGCGACGGCGGCAUCGUGGCGCGAGUCCGGAUCUGGCUCCGCGAUGGGGAGCACCACGGUGGUCGCCGUUGCCGGCUCGACGGGCAUCUCGGCCACCAGCUGCUUCUCGUUGCCAUGGAAUCCCUCCCCACGGUGGUAGAAGCCGCCGUACCUGUACGCGUCCCGCCGGUGGAGGCCGCCGCCGUGGCGCCGCGCCAAACCGCCGCCGCCGCUCCUCCGGUGAAGAGAAAAGCCGGGGGGAGAGAGAGAGAU